AUGGCACGACCCAGAGACAGUGGCGCGGUCGUGUAUACUCCGUUGUCGGCACCUGAUAACGCUCACAGCCAGACCCAAGAUGAGUCCACAGUUGCAAAAGAACAUAUAUCUAUAUGGACCCGGCUCGGAACCGUUCACAUCCUUGUUUUGUGUCUCGGCUCGAUCUUGCUGAUCUUACCAGUCCUACCUUUGGCCUGGCUUUGGGCCGAGUCCACGGCAGCAGCCGCAGGGCAAGUACCAAGCACCGCUUGGGUCACGAUCACCAGAGCAAACUGGACCACGCGGAUUGUCACUAUCUGCACGGCCAUUCUACGUAUAGUGGUUACGACCCAGGCUAGCGUGAUGACUGCGAUGUUUGCCGGCAUUAUCAUAGAGCGCGUCGGGACUCCCCUAGUGGACGGGCCAUUUUAUUCCACUACGCGCGCUCUAAGUGGGAGCCCGAGUAAUUUGCUAUUGAACCCGAGCCUACCGUUGCGCAAAACCGGUCUUUCGGCCGUGGUAUUUACUCUCAUUGUCUUAGAAGUGUCGAUGACUAUCGCUAUACAGUUUCUCUCCACCCUUCUCGUGGCUGACUUCGGGAAUGGCGUAUUUACUAGACCUAGUAAUACGACUAAUGUCCGGAUCUUGAAUCAUUACCAAAGGACAACUAACCAGGCCUGGUGGUCAAUGCGACCGACGGCUAGUUGGACGUUUGCUGAGCGAUGGGAACCGUCUGUAACUGGGCCCAAGUACGAUGAUACAGGUCACACGUACCGCGCCUUCUUACCCUAUCUAGACGAGGCGCAGCGGACAUCGAUACGCUAUUUCCGGGGCCCAGCCACAAUCGUCGAUCAACGGGUUGUCUGUGUACAACCUACACUCCGUGACCUUCGCCUCGACGCGCUCGGCACAGCCUUCCCACUUCUUACGGGACAGAUUGCCAUCGCUAAUAACACGUAUCCAAUGUUACAGAGGACGGAGAGUCAACCUUACCUCCCGUUUGCGUGCGCAAUGGCCGACCCGAGGUCGAUCGCUACCCGGGUUCAAGAACAGACGACCUUAUGUUGGCCGAACAAUGGCGUGGACUGGGAUGUUUCGGCGGAAAGCCUCCUGGUGCCACGCUUAGACGCCGUCAACGACUCAUCAUUGGACGCCUAUGUGGAUGCACCCGCGAUGUUUAUGCUUCUAGACACCGUCUCCCCGGCGGCCAUCCGACGCGGCACCAUGCAAGAAGUCCACAGCGUUAACAACAAUGACACUACCAGUAGUCCCUGGGUGAUGGUCGGAAACGGGAUAGAUGCCCCUGCGGUGCGGGUGACGGCCUGCAUGACUAGUCUUGAUGUGGAUACGUUUACCGCGGAACUGGACAGAAAAUGGGAAGUGUCGGAGCCCGCCAUGUCCUGGAACCGCACUACGGAGCGCUACAACACUACAACUUUGCUUACACAGCUGGGUGCGGUCCUGCCCCGCCAGCAACUAGACCACCGGGGCGUGCUCGCUCUCUCUCCCCGCUCGGACUGGCAACCUUUCUCCAGUUCAGGGAAUGUCUCCGCUAUCCAGCACUACGUCGUGAAUACCCAGAUCUUGGCGAAUGCCUUCGUCAACGGCCUGGAUAAAUCACAAAGUAAGGAUAUAGAUGUCGCACCGGAGAAUCGCAAACAGAGAGUCAACGCGGGCUUCUCUCUCUCCCGGGGGUCAAUGAUAGGCGCCAUAGCGCACGAUGCGCAUAUCGAUUUAUUCCAGGGAAUGCUGAACCAGACGCAGAGCCCUGCCAUGGCCCUACAAGCACUUCUCACACGCAUCUUCCAGAUGGCCUAUUACGAUUCGCUCCUGCGAAUCGACGAGAGUAAGGCUGCCGAGGCCGCUUUCUCGGACGCGGCGAUAUUUCCUACUCAAUGGACGGGAUUCGGGGUAGGGAUGGGGUUGUUGCUGGCCCACUGGGUGGUAGUGGCCAUCGUCGUGGGGCUGUUUGCACGAUACACGCGCCAUUCUUUGCUAGGGAAUCAUUGGCAGGCGGUUUCACAGGUGUACUCGGAGGACACGGCGGCGAUUCUGGAGAAGGUGGAUCGGAUGAAGGACCGGGAUGUCAAGCGUUGGCUUAAGGGCAAAGGGCACGGUGGAAAACUAUAUAGCUUUGCGCGCGAUGAAGGGGAGGGGCGCGUGGCACUGAGGGUAAACCGUCUGGAUAAACCCUUCAAAGUGCGGACGGUCGCGUAUGGGUACUAUGUAUGCACCUGUGCAGGACGUCUCAUAUAUAUACACCCAUAG